CCCUUCGCACUCGGCGCCGCGUCAAAAUGCUGCUCUCUGUGCCGCCAAGGACCGGAGGAGUAAACGCGUACAACAGCUACCAGGGCAAAAGCGUCAAGAAGCAGACGUAUGUGUCGCCUUCCAAUCAUCAGAUGGCUCCUCCAAGCCCCAACAGCAACCACACCAGCACCGUCAGCAAUGGCAACGGCAGCGGAAAUAACGGCGGGGAGCAUUUGAGCAAAACCAACCUGUAUAUCCGUGGCCUUCACCCAGGAACCACAGACCAGGAUCUGGUCAAACUCUGUCAGCCAUACGGGAAAAUUGUUUCCACAAAGGCUAUACUGGACAAGACUACCAACAAGUGCAAAGGAUAUGGCUUUGUUGACUUUGACAAUGCAGCCUCAGCUCAGAAGGCAGUGACGGCGUUGAAGGCGGCGGGCGUGCAAGCUCAGAUGGCCAAGCAACAGGAGCAGGAUCCCACCAAUUUGUACAUUUCCAACCUGCCGCUUUCCAUGGACGAGCAGGAGCUGGAAAACAUGCUGAAGCCUUUCAGUCAGGCCAUUUCCACACGCAUCCUGCGGGACGCUAAUGGAAGCAGUCGAGGCGUGGGCUUUGCCAGGAUGGAGUCGACAGAGAAAUGUGAGGCCAUCAUCCAACAUUUUAAUGGAAAAUAUAUUAAGACUCCACCUGGGGUGUCAGUGCCACCAGAGCCCUUGUUAUGCAAGUUUGCGGACGGAGGCCAGAAGAAGCGCCAGAGUCAAGGAAAAUAUCUGCAAAAUGGCCGAAGCUGGACCAGAGAUGGCGAGACUGGAGGAAUGACCCUUACGUACGACCCCACCACAGCCUUACAGAAUGGGUUCUACUCCUCUCCUUACAGCAUGGCUCCUAACCGCAUGCUGGGGCCCACCUCGCUCUCUCCUUACAUGCACUCGCCUGUGUCCACCUACCAGAUACACAACCCAUCCUGGCUGCACCACCAGUCAUACAUCAUGCCGCCCACUGGAGCAGUCUUGACGCCAGGGAUGGAGCACACCAUGUCUAUCCAGCCCACAUCGAUGAUGGGGCCCCUGGCACAGCAGCUCAGCCACCUGUCCAUAGGCAGCAGUGGCACGUAUAUGCCUGCAAACACAUCUAUGCAGGGGACAUAUGUCCCUCACUACACACAAGUGCCUCCUGCCAACAUCUCCGUCGAGGUAGGAGCAUGUUUGUUGCGUGAAGACAUUAAGGAAUCCCCUCAUGGAGUGUCUCAAUGUCAGGAAAGUGCCGUCCAGCCGCCUGUUGCCGUAGAGACACCCACUGAACACACAAACUACUCCUACCAGCAUAACAAGUGACGACAACGAUCCCUCUCUGGACUCCAUCUGGACUGUUACACAGAAAGAGGACACCACAAACUAUUUCACUCCAGUAAAGGUGGACGCUUUGAGGUUUGAAUGGACAGAAGGAUAAAAAACAAAAACAAAAAAAAAAAACCACAAACAUUCACGACUCAUUUUGUUUUCUUCUACGCGAAACAUUAUUUUGCCUGUUCCAUAUUGUUGUACAUAUUUUUUUUGUGUGUGUGUUUCUUUCUUUAUGUGCCCUAAAUGUUUAAAAACUAUAUAUAAAAAAAACAGUUUAAAAGGUAAAGACAGUUCUCUUUAGGGUGCAAUGGGGCAGAAUGGUCGGGUCUGAAACACAAACACAAGAAGGGCUUGUUUCUUUUUAAGAUGCAGCAAUCUUGACAAGGCUUCAGACAAUCACAACAACAUCACGUCAACAUGGUGCUUGAUUGGCCACAAGAUUGAUUUAAAGCAUUCCAGCUGUCCACGUCUAACCAUGGCACACACACACACACACAAACGAGUGGACUUUCUGCUCUUUUCCACUGUAACGUCUCACUUGGUUUCAUAUUUGAACAGUCGGCACAUCACAAGGUGCGUUUUCUACUUUCUGGUCCUGUUCUGGAAAAAAAAAAGGACUGACUUUCCCCAGAAUCAUGUUUUAGUUUCAGUGUUGCUCUGCAGUCAAUGUGGACGCGAAGUCAAAAGCUCUGAUGUGUUCUACAGAAGACACAAUGUUUGCUUCUGCUUUUUUAUUAUUUAAAUGUUUAUUUGAUUUUAUUCAUUCAUGAGGCUUUUCAGAUUGAUCCUAUUUUUCAAAGAAACCUUGAUUUUAUUUUUGAUAGUGUGUUGUGAUAGUGACAUUUUUGUAUGUUUACAGACUUUGUUGUUGUUGUUGGUUUUUUUACUUCCUGAGAGGCUUUAAUGUGUGUUUCUGUUACAAACGUCAUGAACAUCAAUCAGCUGUGUAUGUUUUAAUAAGGUUUCCAUGCUCGAAACAAACGGACCUCAUCCUCACACAUUGAGCGUUCUAUACAGGCAAUAUAAGCAGUUUAGUAAGCUGUUCACAGCUGGUACUGUGUCCAAAUCUUCUACAUCUUCCGUCCAAAGUUUCUUAAUCAUGUCCAAGGUCUGGCGAUCUAUGCAAUUAAUUUAUGAGUCCUGACAGAUGCAAUAUAGUGCAGAUAUUUACACCUCCCGAUGGGCCUGGAGUGACAGCAUUCAGCGUGUGCUGCGUGAAAAGUGAUGUGCGUGUCGUUUUAAUUGGAGGAUCUGAGCUAGGACGGGUGUUCUCAAAGUGCAGCACACUCGGCUCCCAAUUUCCUAGUUUCCAUCCGCCAUCAGAAGUCUUUUCUUUAUCGCUUUGCUGUUUUCAGGGGCAACAUUCACCUUCACGGCAAUGCCUUAGAUCUCACUGGAAGGGUAGAAAAUACAAAGCUGCAGUGAUUCCAUGUUUUGGGUGACGCUGGGAUUAAUGAACUAAUGCUCAGCUUUUAGGAAAAUCCUUUAUCAAAUAUGACGACAUCUGUUCUAUCUGCAUCCAUCAUCUCGAUUCAUGUUCCGGCGUCUGUGCCAAGAUGCCUCUCAUCACGUCCCACGCCCAGCUAUUAACUUGCUUUUGUUUAUUUUUUAAAUAAAUGUUGGCCUCCAGCAAGGAGGUUUGUUUUCA